AUCAUAUGUGAAUCCAUACGUCAUUCACUUAUAUUUUACUGAAAAUAUUAUUCAAUGGUUUUGUCGACUCAUUCAUUGAUCGCAUCACUCGUCGGACCAAAAGAUUUUUGAAAGACUUUUAACAAUCAAUUUGUUUAUUAUCGGGUGAUUGCAAACCAUUGGCCAGUUAUUACAUACACACACAUACAGUCUUAUGAUGUCCUCAAGCGCUUAAAUAAAAGAAAUUAUGACCCAAUCGACGCCCAACCCGUUUACCGAUCUGUUGGCCUCAAUGGGUGCCAAACAGCUGACACCAACAGAGGUCGCCGAUCGCCAAAUCAAUGACCUCUUGGUAUCGAUAUUUCGCUUUUCGGUCGAUAAAUCUGUUGCCGCCGAUGAUGAUGGAAACGGUUCUACGAUUGCCGUCAAAUGCGUUUCAAUGGCCGAUGAAGACAGUGAUGGCAGUAAUAGGCUUUCAUUUGAUAAUUUGGACCAAUUAUUGUACGAAAGACUAAUGUUGGCCGACAUCAGUAAAUCGGUGAUCGAUUACCGACUGAACAAAAAUGUCACCAAUUAUUUGUCCUCUGCUACCGACGGUUGCGAGCAAAGAGUUCUACACUAUCUGUACGAUUGUUUUGUCAAAAUCGAGACCAUCCGUACCGACGACAGUGUGGCCGCUAUUGCAACCCAACAGCGGAUCCAACUGAGAGACACUGUGGUCAACCAAUCGGCUCUAAUUCUGUCUCACCCAGAAUUUGAUCCCAAUAUCGACGGCAGUAACAAAAAAAUUGCUCCACUACUGGAUCUGUUGGAAGAUAUUGAUCAACAUAUUGAACAUAAGCCACAUUUGAAGUCAUUUAUAGUUCGCGUUUUUGACCGAAUUCAACAAAAAUUCCAGUCCGGCGAUGAAGAAAUUACAACAGUUAUGGCUCUCAAGUCUAGCUAUGAUGUCCUAAAUGAACGAUUCACCCGAAUGUCUCUAAUGGAUUCAAGUCUUACACGAAAUAUCGAUUUGUUGAACUAUUUUGUCUUAAACGAGAAUACAUCUAAAACUUUACUAUCAUUGAACGAACCGGACACCCGAUUAGUACCGAUAAUGUCCAAUCUCUAUCAGAACACACUAUUCGGUGCCCUCUUAAGCAUAUCAUGCCUUCCGCGACCAAUGGUUCCCAAUUUUGAGUACUUUCUUGAACCGUCACGUUUCUCAAAACACGAACACAAAAUGACCGAAAAUGGUUUGGCCUUUCGGCUCAAUGAGAUCACCAAACAGUUUCAUAGUUUGUUUCACUGUCUACUCAAACACGACCGCCAGCGGGCCAUCAACUGGAUCGAGACGUGUCUGCACUCAUUCAAAGAUCGGUGCAAAGCCUGGACUAAUGAGAUGAUUAUGAUGUCAGGGAAUGCUAACAACUCUUCUGAUGGAUUUAUGCUAAACUUUUCGACAGUUUUGCUUAAAUUUUGUAAACCAUUUUGUAUACCAUUGAGCGAUAAACUAUUGAAAGUUGAUCCACGCUAUUGUCGUCUGAAACAGAGCGGACAUCUACCGUAUCUGACGAUCAUUGCUGAAGAUUCGUUUCUAAUGCCUGGCGAACAAAGCGAAAUAAAUGGCGACAACUUUGAACCGAAUUUUAUGACUCAAUGCUUUGUGGCCACACAUAAGGCUCUUCAUCUGGGCUUUCGUUCAGUUCACGAACGGUUCAUCAAAUUGGUACAAGACUUGAACCAAAUGGAAGGCAUACUACGAGAUAUGGAGCAACAGUCAGAUCGAUCAGAUAUGGCCGAACAGCUCAAGAAGCGAUUCGAAAAAGCGAUGACACAGUUCCUGUCGAUGAAGUCCAUGCUAUCGGAACGCGAGUUCACUGAGAUGGCCAUCCAGUUUCACAUAUCAACUGCCGUUUGGCUAAACAAUUUGGCCAUAAAUUCUAACGAAACAGAAGCGUCAAAAGGAUUCAAAGAGAUCUUACCGCCGAUUUUGCGUGACUUUGACUCGCACUGUCUUAAAUCGGUUCCCGAGUUUAUAAUGGAAAAUGUGUGCGAUUUUAUAAUAUAUGUCCGACGAUUCAAUGAGGAGAUGCUGGCUCUGCCAACCAUUGAUUUAAGACCAUUGAUGACACUUAUAGUCAUUUUUAUGGGUUCGUCGAAUCGCAUGAAAAAUCCACAUUUGAGAGCAAAGUUGGCCGAAAUGCUAGAAGCGUUGAUGCCUUACGAAGGAUCAACUCAUUACACGAUGAGAGCCAACACUCAGCAUCUCUUUACUAGCCAUCCAUUGAAAAGUGAAUUAAUUCCAACACUGCUUCAUGUGUUUGUCAGCAUUGAAAUAUCGGAAGCAAGCGGUGAGGCCAGUGUGGCCUUCGAACAAAAGUUCGGUUAUCGUAGACCAAUGUAUAUCGUAUUGAAAUACCUCUGGAACAGUGCCGAACACCGAACCUGUGCCAAAGAGUUGGCCGACUAUGCCAUCAACAAUAUGGAGGCCAUUACUCCGCCACUGUUCUUGCGUUUCAUUAAUUUGCUUAUCAAUGACGCCAUCUUUCUUCUGGACGAAUCGUUUGUUUAUAUGCAAAAACUUCGUGAACUCCAACAACAGCGCGAUUCUGGCGAAUGGAAAAAACUAACGGCUCAACAACGACAACAAAACGAAAUGAAUUAUCAGCACACCGGCCGUAUCGCCCGAUUUCACAACAUUAUCGGCAGAGAUACCAUUCAUACGUUGAGUUUUAUUACCGAUGAAAUCAAGACAAUAUUCUGCGACAAAGCACUGGUCGAUAGGGUGGCAGCGAUGCUCAACUAUUUUCUUCAUCAUUUGGUUGGACCACAGAAACGAAACCUCAAAGUCAAAGACUUGAACCAAUACGAGUUCAAACCGAAAGAUAUUGUUCACGACAUAUGCAAAAUGUAUGUCAAUCUAUCAGCUCAAGACAAUCAAAAAUACAGGCAAUUUUGUUUGGCCAUUGGCCGCGACGACCGAAGCUAUUCCAAAGACUUGUUGCUAUUGGCUUCCGAUGUGCUCAUUAAGUCAGGUUUUGUUAGUUUGUCAACCGAUACCACAGCGGUUGGCACUCUCAUAGAGAAAGCAUUACAAUAUCAGAGACGUAUGGAAGUCAACUACGACGACGCUCCCGAAGAAUUUAUGGAUCCAAUUAUGGGCGAUAUUAUGGAAGAUCCCAUAAUUUUGCCCAACUCUGGUGUACGCGUCGAGCGCUCAACUAUUCAACGACAUUUGCUCAGUGACCAAACGGAUCCGUUUACUCGAUCUCCGCUAACAAUGGAUAUGGUAGUGACAGACAGUGAACUCAAAGAGCGUAUCAAAGCAUACAAAGAUACGAAACGCAAAAUCAGAGAUCAAACUAAUAAUAGCUAAAAUUAAUUAAUAUAUUUAAUAUAUACAAUAUAU